GGGUCGCUGUAAGAAGACGUAUGCUAAUCGGUAUUUUAUUAUGGUGAGCUGAGAAACAGGAAGUAUGUCUGAGUCUGCGCAACUUGUUCCCGAUGAUCCGAUCCUGAUUCAGCCAUAUUCCCAACGAGCAGCCACACCGGCAGCCUCCUCGAACAUCACUAAAACCGUGUGAAACUAUCCGCCGAGCCUCCUCCCGACCCUAACGGGUUCAUUAUCGAAACCAGGAUCAUCCCGGUGCAAACGGACAUGUUACCGAGCUGAGGGACCGAACCGAGGACAUGGAUCCACCGCGGGCAGCCUGAGAGAGGCGACGGUCUGACCGACAUCCCGAUCUGAGAGCAGAGUCCAGAUUUACCGGGACACGGAGUGGGGAGGGCCCGGGGCUGAACCGCUCCACACACUGCGGACAGAGGGCGGGAUACCGGCGGACACUCACCGACUCACGGAGAAGCGGAAUAACAAAAUGUCGGGAAUGUUCUCCCGGAGCUAACGAGCUAGCCGUAGCUAGCAGGCUGAGCUCGGCAGAGCUCGGCAGGACUCGGCAGCAGUCGGAGCCUGGGCGGCGGGGAGCUCUCGGAGUGCUCGGCCGGGCUUGUGUCGGACUAUACCCGUCGUAGAGAGGCUCUUCUUGGGCAGGAUGUCGGCCCAGGACCGGCUGAAGCGGCUGGAGCAGCUGCUGCUGGAGCAGAAGGAAGCGGGCUUCCUGAGCGUGGAGGCUCUGCUCGACCUGCUGCUCUGCUUCUGCGCAGAAGUGUCCCAGACCCCGUUACGCAGGGACAAACACGUCCAUGACUUCCUGGAGUGGGUGAAACCAUUCACCAGCACAGUGAAGGACAUGCGACUCCACAGAGACGACUUCGAGAUGCUUAAGGUGAUUGGACGAGGAGCUUUCGGAGAGGUUGCUGUGGUGAAGAUGAAGCACACAGAGAGAGUUUAUGCAAUGAAGAUCCUCAAUAAAUGGGAAAUGUUAAAGAGAGCAGAGACGGCGUGCUUCAGAGAGGAGCGUGAUGUCUUGGUGAAAGGAGACAGUCAAUGGAUCACAACUCUGCACUACGCAUUCCAGGACGAUAACUACCUGUACUUGGUGAUGGAUUAUUACGUAGGUGGCGACCUGCUGACUCUGCUCAGUAAGUUCGAGGAUCGUCUCCCAGAGGACAUGUCGAAGUUCUAUGUGGCUGAGAUGGUCCUCGCCAUCCACUCCAUCCACCAGCAGAACUACAUCCACAGAGACAUCAAACCGGACAACGUCCUCCUGGAUGUCAACGGACACAUCCGGCUGGCGGACUUUGGCUCCUGUCUGCGCAUGAUGGAGGAUGGCACGGUCCAGUCCUCGGUGGCAGUGGGGACUCCGGAUUACAUCUCCCCAGAGAUCCUGCAGGCGAUGGAGGACGGGAUGGGACGCUACGGACCGGAGUGUGACUGGUGGUCUCUGGGGGUCUGCAUGUACGAGAUGCUGUACGGAGAAACACCGUUCUACGCCGAGUCCUUGGUGGAGACGUAUGGAAAGAUCAUGAACCACGAGGAGCGUUUCCAGUUCCCGUCUCAUGUGACCGAUGUGUCCGAGGAUGCAAAAGACCUGAUCCAGCGCCUCCUCUGCUCCCGAGAUCGUCGCCUCGGUCUGAACGGGAUCUCUGACUUCAAGAGUCACCCGUUCUUCAGUGGGAUCGACUGGGACAACAUCCGGUCCACCGAGGCCCCGUACAUCCCUGACGUGUCCUCCCCCACGGACACGUCCAAUUUUGACGUGGAUGACGACGUCCUCAAGAACCCGGACAUCAGCCCUCCAGUGUCUCAUACUGGUUUUACUGGUCAGCACCUCCCCUUCGUGGGCUUCACCUACACCACGGAAAGCUGCUUCUCUGACCGCAGCUCUAUCAGCAGGGUGGGGCUUAGCCAGGAGGAGGGGGGAGGAGGGGGAGGCGGACAGGAGGUGGAGGUGUUUGAGAAGAGGAUCCGGCGCCUGGAGCAGGAGAAGCAGGAGCUCAACCGCAAACUGCAGGAGUCGACUCAAGCAUUGACGGCUCCAUCUCGAGGAGGAACUCUCAGCAGAGACAAAGAGAUCAAGAAACUCAACGAGGAGAUUGAACGACUCAAGAAGAAGCUUGCAGACUCUGAUAGGCUGGAGCACCAGCUGGAGGAGGCGGUCUCUCUCCGACAGGAUUACGAAAGCUCCGCCUCCAAGCUGAAGACCCUGGAGAAACAGGUGAAGACGCUGAGGCAAGAAAAGGACGACGUCCACAAGCAACUGGCUGAGUCUCUGGAGCGUCUCCGCGCUCAGACCAAGGAGCUGAAGGAGGCUCACUCUCAGAGGAAGCUGGCCCUGCAGGAGUUCUCGGAGCUGUCGGAGAGGAUGGCAGACCUGCGCUCAGCCAAACAGCGUCUGUCCCGUCAGCUUAGAGACAAAGAGGACGAGGUGGACGCUCUGCUGCAGAAGAUGGAAAGCAUGAGGCAGGAGAUCCGCAAGACGGAGAAGAUCCGCAAGGAGCUUGAGGCCCAGCUGGACGACGCCAAGGCCGAGGCAUCGAAGGAGAGGAAGCUGAGGGAGCACAGCGAGAGCUACUCUAAGCAGAUCGAGGUGGAGCUAGAGGGCCUCAAGUCUCAGCAGGGCCAUGGAGCCGUAGCAGGAGGGGCAGAGUCGCAGCAGGAGCUGACCCGUCUGAAGGCAGAGCUCGAUAAGAAGGUCCUGUUCUACGAGGAGGAGCUUCUGAGGAGAGACUCCACCCACUCCUCCGAAAUCAAAAACCUCCGGAAAGACCUGCACGAGUCCGAGGGCGCCCAGCUCGCCGCCAACAAGGAGCUGCUGCAACUCCGAGACCGGCUGGACAAGGACAAGAGGGACAGGCAGCUGGAGAUGGAUGAGGCCGUUGCUGAGCUGAAGCAGAAACACGAGCGAGAGAAGAGCCUGCUGUCAGAAGAGAACCGCAAACUAACGGCUGAGAACGACAAGCUUUGCUCCUUCGUGGACAGACUGACGGCUCAGAAUCGUCAGCUGGAGGAUGACCUUCAGGACGUUUCCUCCAAGAAGGAGAGCGUGGCUCACUGGGAGGCUCAGAUCGCUGAGAUCAUCCAGUGGGUGAGCGAUGAAAAAGACGCUCGUGGUUACCUUCAGGCUCUGGCCACCAAGAUGACGGAGGAGCUGGAGACGCUGAGGAGCUCGAGUCUGGGAACAAGACCGCUGCCUGAGUCGGGAAUGGCCACUCCCCCUAAGAAGCCGUGGCCUCCUAUUGGUGGAGACAGGAGGGACCCACUGUGGAAGGUGCGUCGCAGUCAGAAACUGGACAUGUCAGCCCGUCUGGAGCUGCAGUCGGCGCUGGAUGCAGAGAUCAGAGCUAAACAGCUGCUGCAGGACGAGCUGAGGAGGAUGAAGGCGGCGAACAUCAGCCUGGAGAGUAAGCUGAAGGAGUCAGAGGAGCGGAGCAAAGAGAUGGGCGAGCAGGUGGAGGGUCUGAAGAAGGAAAUGGAGGAGAGUCGCACCCGCUCUGACAGAGGUUUGAAGCUUCCAGACUUCCAGGACUCCAUCUUUGAAUAUUUCAACACGUCGCCUCUGGCUCCAGACCUCACCUUCAGAACUGCAGACAUUGAUUCCACCCCACAGAAAUCAGAGACUACGCCCCCCUCACCCUCUGCCACAUCUGAACAUGAGGAAGUUAAAGCAGCAUCAGUCCCGACAAGCCCCUCCCCUCCUUACCAGAGCUCCGCCAUCACUACACCAAAGCCAAAAGCUCAUCAGCUGAGCAUCAAGACAUUCUCCAGCCCCACUCAGUGCACCCACUGCACCUCACUCAUGGUGGGACUCAUCCGCCAGGGAUACGCCUGUGAAGUGUGUUCGUUCAUCUGCCACGUUUCCUGCAAAGACAACGCCCCCCUGGUCUGUCCAAUCCCAGCCGAGCAGGCCAAGAGGCCGCAGGGCAUCGACGUCCAGCGAGGCAUCGGCACCGCCUACAAGGGCUACGUCAGGAUCCCAAAGCCGAGCGGAGUGAAGAAGGGCUGGCAGCGAGCGUUUGCCGUCGUCUCAGACUGUAAACUUUUCCUCUACGAUGUUCCUGAGGGAAAGUCCACCCAGCCCGGUGUGGUGGCCAGUCUGGUUCUGGAUCUCAGAGAUGAGGAGUUUUCCGUCAGCUCUGUCUUGGCGUCUGACGUCAUCCACGCCACCAGGAAGGAUAUCCCCUGCAUCUUUAGGGUGACAUCUGCUCAGCUGGUCUCUCAGCUGUCCUCGGUGUCUCUGCUCGUGCUAGCAGAGAGUGAGGUGGAAAAGAGGAAGUGGGUCAGGAUCCUGGAGGGUCUGCAGACAAUCCUUGCCAAGAACCUGCUCAGGAACCGCCAAGUGCACGUCCUGCAUGAGGCCUACGAUGCCUCGCUGCCCAUCAUCAAGAGCACGCUGUCCGCCGCUGUGCUUGAUCGAGAGAGGAUCGCUCUGGGAACAGAAGACGGACUGUUUGUGGUCGAGGUCACCAGAGACGUGAUCGUGCGAGCAGCAGACAGUAAGAAGGUUUAUCAGAUCGAUUUGAUACCGAAAGAAAAGAUCAUUGCUCUGCUUUGUGGGAGGAACCGUCACGUUCAUCUUCACCCAUGGGGGGCGCUGGAGGGAGCAGAGUCAUCCUUUGAUAUCAAAGUGACAGAGACCAAAGGCUGCCAGGCUCUGACCACUGGGGUGCUCCGACCCGGAGGCCCUGCCUGUCUUCUGGCCGCCAUCAAACGUCAGGUUCAGUGUUAUGAGAUCACUCGGGCUAAGCCCCACCAUAAGAAGCUAUGGGAGGUGCAGGCUCCAGGUGUGGUGCAGUGGUUAGGUAUGGUGAGGGAGCGUCUGUGUGUCGGCUAUCCUUCGGGCUUUGCUCUGCUCGCCCUGCAGGGGGAGUCAUCACCCAUCAGCCUGGUGAGUCCAAGUGACCCGUCGCUGGCCUUCCUGUCCCAGCAGAAUCUGGACGCCCUUCACGCCCUAGAGGUGGGAACCAGCGAGGUCCUGCUUUGCUUCAGCCAGCUCGGCAUCUACGUGGACGGACAGGGGCGCCGCUCUAGGACGCAGGAGCUGAUGUGGCCUGCCACGCCACUUGCAUGCAGUUCUAACUCCUCCCACCUGACGGUCUACAGCGAGUACGGAGUUGACGUCUUUGACAUCCACACCACUGAGUGGGUCCAGACCAUCUCCCUCCGCAAGAUUAAACCUCUGAACAUCGAGGGAACAUUAAACCUGCUGAGUUCAGAACUUCCUCGUUUGAUUUACUUCAGCAACAGCUCAUCAGAGGGAGACUUGACCAUCCCCGACACGUCAGACCACAGCAGGAAGUUGAUGGUUCGAACUCGUAGUAAGAGGAAGUUCCUCUUCAAGGUUCCUGAGGAGGAGCGUCUUCAGCAGAGAAGGGAGAUGCUGAGGGAUCCCGAGCUCCGGUCCAAGAUGAUCUCUAAUCCGACAAACUUUAACCACGUGGCCCACAUGGGACCAGGAGACGGAAUGCAGGUCCUCAUGGACCUCCCCCUGAGUGUGAUGCCGUCAUCCCAGGAGGACUCCAUUAAAGACAAGCCCCGCCCACUGUCUAGUAUCUCCCGGCAACAGAAGAGCAAGACACACAUCACCCGAACAGCCUCAGAUUUUGGAGGUGGAGCUUCAUCUCGCAGUAUCUCUGAUCCAGACCAAGACCUGGACCGAGAGCCGGACUCAGACUCGACCAAACACUCGACCCCCUCCAACAGCUCUAACCCGAGCAGCCCCCCCAGCCCAAACUCCCCACACCGCAGUCAGCUCACCCUGGACGGUCUGGAGAUGGAGCCCUGAGGCCCGGCCCCCAUCACAGCUGAGCGAGGAGCACCUGCUUACAUAACCAAUCAGGCUUUGGACUGAGAUUUUAGAUUUUACUUGAUAAUUUUAUUGUUGCGGGGUGCUUCCUGCUGCUUUUAUAUCUGUUGGAUUUUACCUGCUGGGAAGCCACGCCCCCUGGUUUUAAACCUCGCCCCUGCUGAUGGCUGCUGUGUGUUUGACUUCAGUCUGAUUGGCUCAGAGGGACCAAUCUUCUCCUUUUUAUUCAGUGACUUCCUGUUGCGCUUUAGUUAGCCGCUAAGCUAAGUGUGGCUACGUCGCUGACAGAUGGAAGGUCUCACUCUGACGUAAAAACACUGUAUGGAUUAUUUUAAAGUUUUCUUAAAGUUGCACAUCAUCAUCAUCAUCGUUGUUGUUGUUGUUGUAGGAGAAAAAAAAUCUUUGAUUUGUGUCAGUGAUGAUAUUUCCUGUUGACCCCAUGACCCUGCCCAGGGGAGGGGAGGGGGGGCACCUCUGAACACUACUGCUUUGUUUCUUCCAGAAUCACCAGUUAAAGAAUCUUUGUAAUUAUGAAAAAUAUGUUAGCAUCUGAACAGAAACCAAUAAAAGACUCUGAGGAGGAGACCACCAGAGCGUGUCUGUGUCAGG